AUGGUUCUACUCCUCUUAGUAGUGCACAACAACAGCUCAGACCCAGCAAUGGUACAUCUCCUCUUAGUAGUGCACAACAACAGCUCAGACCCAGCAAUGGUACAUCUCCUCUUAGUAGUGCACAACAACAGCUCAGACCCAGCAAUGGAAUUCCAAGAUGAGGAAGAAGAAAUCGAUAAUAAAGAUGGUAAAAAAAAGAAGGAGGGACAAAGUGAAGAAUAUGAAGGUGGAUAUGAAGAAGAAUAUGAAAUAAAUUAUGAAGAAGAUAAUGAUGAAUAA